AAACCAAAGCAAACCCCUUUGAAAUAGAAUGGGAAAGGGACCAAAAUUGGUGUUAGUGAAUCAAUGUACAAGUCAGAAAUAAGAAGAAGAUUAAUUGAAGGUUUGCAUACUAAUAUUAGUCAUGCAGACCUCAGACAUAAUGGAGGACGAAGAUGUUAGCCCGAAUGCUUCAUUACAAAGGAAUGGAUCAUUUAUUUGUGUAGCAGCACCAUUCUUGUAUGAUAAGUUACCUGAGGAACCCCUUAAGCUUUCCAUCCUCAAAUUGGAUGGCUCUUCUUUCGAUAUUGAAGUGCCUAGAAAUGGUAACGUGGAAGAUCUCAAACGGGCCGUGGUAGAGGCCUUCAGCCAUUGCAAGAUUUCAUGGUUACAUGUAUGGGGGCAUUUUUGUCUGAGCUAUGGCGGACAGAAGCUACUUUCAGAUGAUGAUUUGAUAGGAACCUACGGGAUCAAGGAUGGCGAUGAGCUUAGUUUUGUGAGACAUGUAUCGGUUGGUUACAAUCCAAAAAUGACAGAAUCAGAAGGAGAGGAGCAUCAGUUUGAUCAUCAUAAAGUAUCGAAUGAUUUUGAUGAGGAAGAGCUGAAAGGUGAAAAAGAGUAUAAUGAUCACCAAGAUGAUGAAGACAACAGUUCGGAGGACGAGAAUAAUGGGUGUGGUGUUGGUAACUGCCAAUACAGGUUAUUUCACUUAUUUAGAGGAUUAUUCUCAUAUCAGAAACUGGAAAUUUCAGAAAGAAGUGCAGAACAGAAGACAGAGUAA